AUGUUGGCCGCUCUCGCCGUCGCCGCCCUGGCGGCGCCCACACCCUCCGACUUGCGCGAGGCAGCGCCGACGAUCAUCACUCCGAAUGGGCGCGAGCCUAUCUUUGCCCCGGCUCUCGUGCCAUGUGACGUCCCGACGUGCAAGCAAGCGAAAGGCUUUGGCCUCUGCGACACCACCAACUCGGCCUGCGACACGGCGUGCGUGGAGCAAGUGAAGAUGACCUGCCCUGUGACGUGCAGCCUCGAUGCGGAGGAGACUUGGGGGGGACCGGAACCGGACGCCACCCCCUCCGACUACCACAAACACUUGCCGCUGCAGAUGGCCGCCACAGCGGCCAUCUGCAGCACCUGCGCGUAUCACCCCGACCUGCCCUGCUGCAAAGACCAUCCGCAAGAGGCCAACGACCGCCGCCGCCUGCAGACGGACACGUGCGUCACCAAAAUCAAGAAGAAUCCUUGCUCCACCGCUGCUUGCCACGUUGGCUGGUUUUUCACUGAGACGCUCGGCCUUGGCUGA